AUGACGGGUGCCGCGCUUCAUGCCCAGAUAGAUGCUCUCCAGGUCAAUGCUGUAGGUGGUUUUGUGGGAUAUGGUGAGGAACAUGCUUGGACUCAGAAGUCGGGUUUGUCGAAGCUCCCCUAUAUUGAUGACCUCCUCCUUCCACACAACAUUGAUGUGAUGCACACUGAAAACAAUUGGGCCGAGGCUCUUUUCGGAACAAUCAUGGACAUCCCUGAUAAGAUGAAGGACAACAUUAAGGUAAUUGAAAGAAGAUGCCAGGCGGUGGCAAGUUCAGGAUUAUCCGCUCCUUCUACGGGGAAAAAGGUGGACGUCGAGAAGCACCUGAGGGCUCCGAUGAAUUGGGUUGUCGUAUCGGGAGGUGACCACAAACGGAAGCGCAAUGGCAUCCUCGGUCUUCUGUGCAAGGAGCACUUCCCUGGUCUCGCGCAGCAUGCCAGGAUGUUGGAGCCGGCCUACACGUGGGACCACUACAUGGCCGUCCCAGAUACGGAAGAUCGGGAAGGGAGAAAUUUCGGCACCAAGGCGAGGCGGGUGGUUGGGGAGCUGUGGGAUUUCUACAGGUGCGAGGCAGGAUACGAGGACAGAGCUAAUCAAGUGGCUAACAGAGCCUGUUACAAACUGGUGAAGGACAUGCACUACGAGGCGCAUAUUCAGGCUGUCGUCCAAUACUGCGCCGAGCACGAAAAAAGGAAGGUGAAGAAGGAAGACGCAAGGAACAUAUUCCUCACGCGGGAGUAAUACUUGAUGGUUAAUGAGGAACAUCUCUACUCAUUUCUCGUGAAUUUGAUCUUCCAAUAUGUCAUACACUUAAUUACGUGUAGGUGCCUC